AGUUUGCCCAGAAGUGUUGCGACCAACCAUGUAACAGGAGGCGGAAUGGCGACGCACAAACUUGCUACAUUAUCUUUUAGUUUUAGAAAAAUUAGCGUGUUAUUAUGUUGCAUUUCUCUUUCGUGUCUGCCGUUUUAUUCCUCAGCCAAGCGCAAUGACAGACCCAUUAUUGGUGUACUGGCUCAAGACGUUUAUUCACCAAAACCAAGUCAAACAGCUUACAUCGCUGCAUCUUAUGUCAAGUUCCUAGAGUCAGCAGGGGCAAGGGUUGUACCCGUCAUGAUUAACCAGACAUUGGAGGAGUAUAAGACACUGUUCAACUCCAUUAAUGGGAUCCUUUACCCAGGCGGAGGUGUCAGCAUUAUCUCAUCUGGCUAUGAAAGGGCUGCAAAAAUCUUUUAUGAGCUUGCUAUUGAGGCGAACAAGAGAGGUGACUAUUUUCCUGUGUGGGGCACCUGUCUUGGAUUUGAGCAGCUGACCUAUUUGACGAGUGGGAAGACAGUACUGUCAAAUACCAAUACAAGUGGUGUGCCAUUGCCUCUGAACUUCACUGAUGAAACCAAAGGCAGCAGGAUGUUUAAAGGUUUCCCAGCUGAACUCAUGGAAGAUCUGGCUUCUGAGCCGCUGACCGAAAACUCUCACAGGUGGAGUUUGGCAGUGUUGACUUAUAACACAAAUGAGGAGCUGAAGAAAUUCUACAAAGUUCUCUCCACAAAUACGGAUGGAAAAAUAGAGUUUGUGUCAACUGUGGAAGCGCAUGAUUACCCAAUUUAUGGCACACAGUGGCAUCCAGAGAAAAAUGCAUUUGAAUGGACGAGGCCUUACGUUCCACACUCUCCAUCAGCAGUCAAGACCACCUUCUACAUGGCUGAAUUCUUUGUCAACGAAGCCAGGAAGAACUUACACAGAUUUGAGUCAGAGGAGGGGGAGAGCAAUGCGCUGAUAUACAACUACAAUCCUGUUUACACUGGGCCCAAGAGUAGCUUUGAGCAAGUAUAUUAUUUCUGAUUUAUUCUGAUGUAUGUUUGCCGAGUGCUUUUCCCUUUUGAAAGCUGAUUGGCUGUCUCAGUCGCGUGACUCUUGAAUGUAUAUGUGCAUAUGGUUAGAUUUUGCAUUUGCUGCUCAUUCCAUCUGUUGAAUCUGCAACUAAACCAGUGGUAGACUGGUAGGAUAUAUUUAUACAUGCAACAUAAAUCUUGAUGGAGGGCAGGAUUUAAAAAAUGCCAAAUCAUGCUUUGUGGGUGCUGUAGCUGGGUUUACAGGAGAGUAAUUAAAUGCUAUUACAGACAAUGCAGAUAGUGACAUUUUGAUAUGUUCAUUUAUUAACAGUAAUUUGAUCCAUUGUUGAUGGAAAAAUAUUGAUUAGCACAGCUUUAAAAAAAUUCUAUGUGUAAUGUAAAACUUUAGCUUUACGUUACCUUCUCAGCACGAAACGGCAAACUGACAGUUAGCAACUAGAUAGUAAACGUUGUUUGUUUAGCACAACUAAAGAGCCAGAAUAUUCUCAGGAUCUAUUGGUGACCAAAGCAGAGUAAAUAUUGGUGUUAGAUUCAACUGGUCAGCAGAAACAUGACUCUAAAUGAAUGCAAAUGUUGCUGUGUGCCUGCUAGAUGUAUAAAUAUUGUUUUGAUAACAUGUAACAACUUUAUACAGUGACAAUGCCAAUUUUCUUGCUUGUUCUGCUGCCCCCCAGUGGGUAAAAAAAUCAAUACAGCGUUAAAAUUCACAAGCGCAACAAAACAUACGAGCCAAAAAAGACUGAAGGCUGAUAAAAUGUCUAGUUUUUUAUUCUAACAUUUACCUUCAUGCCACAGUCUGACAUUAAUGUCCUUCUAUGCUUUGGAUAACAAAGUUCAGCGUCUUGAAAAAGUCCUCAGUCACUGGCAAGAAAGUUCGAUGUUGCUAUUGGCAUUUAUAAAGUCCACUUUCAAUUCAAGGACAGCAACAGGAGAACAGAAAUGAAUAGUCAAAUGUAACUUCCAAAAUGCUUUAUGCACAAAUAACACUCACGUAAUAGUUUCUUUUUCUGUCUUUUUUUUUUUUUUUUGAAUAAAAUGAUAUUUGAAUAACAUUUACACAUCAAGCUGACGAGACUGGGCUCUCAAUCACAAUACUACUGGAAAUGUAGUUUAUGCAAUCCAGUUAGGAACAUUCAAGAUGUCAAAAUUACUAUGUGGAACUGAGCUAUCAGGGAUAGUGCUGCAAAUAACAUGCACUGAAAUGUAACACAAAUGGCCAUUCAAAUAAAAAAUGGAAAAUUAUA